AUGAAAAUCUGCACCCAUAACCAGAAAUGCCAGCCCCAGUAUAGCGAAGCUAUAAUGAGGAACUCCCAAGAUGAGUGGGAGGGUGGAAUUCUUUUUGGGAGAGACCGAAUAAGCAACUUACGAAAAACUGGAAAAUUGAGAAACCAAGAAACAGCCUGGUGCAUCUCCGCCAAAGGCCAAGAGAGAGAGCGAGAAUCUCUUACAUCUGCUCCGGCAAGGAGAGAAAAAAACAGGAUGGAAAAACGUCCUACACCGGGAAGCAAGCAGGAAUACCAUCAGCUUUUUCUGUUUCUGAUUCAGUGGCAAAAUACCCAGACACUUUUCCAAAAACUAUCAAGGGAAUACAGAAUCAAAGAGCAACAUCCAAUCAAGGAAAGCGUGAAGAAGAAAAAUGGUUUAAUAAUUUUUCUACACUUUGCUAAACUGUUGACCGCAGAAAGGGCCGAAUAUCAAGAAACAUUGCAGCCACAAUCCGACAUUCAAAUAAGAACCGCAGCCUCUCCACUGAGGAUCAAUACCAAAGAAGUAAAACAAAUUUGCCAAACCCUGAAAAGUAGAAAAUCGCCUGGUCCAGGUGAAAUUCCUCUAGAAUUACUCAAGUACGGCACGGAUAAAUUAUAUAAGCAGUUCGCUAGUCUUUUCCAAAAGUGCCUUAAUGGUGAAAAUAUACCGAAAGAAUGGAAGACAUCAUAUAUAACAACAAUACACAAGAAAGGAAGUAAAGACGAUUGCGAUAACUAUCGAGGAAUCUCCGUGUUGAGCUCUGUUUCAAGGGUCUAUGGAAAAUUGGUCAAAAAGAGAAUUGAGGAAGAAUACCGGGAUAUGGAGGCUGAAGAACAAGCGGGGUUUAGAGCUGGUAGAUCCACGGUCGACCAUUUAUUUACACUGACACAGAUAAUUGAGAAAAAGAUGGCAAGAAAUCAAGAAAUACAUCUCCUCUACGUAGACCUCAAGAAAGCAUAUGAUAGUGUACCCCAGUCUAAAUUGUGGGAAGCCCUCGAGAAAACGAAUAUCAGCAUAACAUUAAUUAAGGCUGUCCAAGAACUUUAUAAGAACAACACUAGCCAAGUAAAGAAAGGACAAACAGUAUUAAAGGGAUUCAGCAUAAACAAAGGUCUUAAAAAGGGCUGCUGCCUACUCCCGACACUGUUUAAAAUAUAUUUGGAACAAGCUCUGAAAAUGUGGAAAAGGAAGAAAAAAGGCGAACAGAUGGAGAUACCACUAAACGACUCGAUACUUUACACUCUUUGUUUCGCUGAUGAUCAAAUAAUACUGGCUCAAGACUACUAA